AUGUCUUGCUACAACCUGUGUUCCACCUCUGCCUGCGGCGUCAACCGCCCCCAGCCCCUCGCUGACAGCUGCAAUGAGCCGUGCGUCCGUCAGUGCCCUGACUCCACAACUGUGAUCCAGCCACCCCCUGUUGUCGUCACCUUCCCAGGCCCCAUCCUCAGCUCCUUCCCACAGGAUUCAGUUGUGGGAUCCUCUGGAGCACCUGUCCUUGGGGGCUAUGGGGGCUACAGCUCCCAGGGCUAUGGAGGCCUGUAUGGCUAUGGGGGCUCCUCCCUGGAUUGUGGGGGUCUGUAUGGCUAUGGGGGCUCCCUGGGUUACAGGGGCCUGUACGGCUAUGGUAGAUCCUAUGGUUCCGGCUCUUGCAGCCCUUACUCCUACCAGUACAGCCGUGGCAUCUGCGGGCCCUGCUAA